AUGGACUCAAAUUACUCGAUAUUAUCAGAUAAUCAUAAAGAGCAAAAUCAUCAAACGUCACAAAGUUUAGGUACCCAGAAUAGUAAUAUAGGUGAUCCAAAUUAUCAACAGACACCACGACAAAAUCAAGAUAAUCUUUCUAAUGAAUCUUUAGAAAAUAGUAUUUUACAAGAAAUUACAAAAAACAAAAAUAGUAGUAAAUUAAAUAAUUCUUUAAAAGAUAAUUUAAAUAUAGGAAAUAAUAAUAUACAUUCUACUAAUAAACCAACAUCAAUAAUUGAAAAAAUUAAAAUUUUUUUAAAAUCAUUAUCUAAUAAACGAGAUGUUAUUAAGUUUGACAGUAUGAAAAUAGCUAAAGAAAAGAUAAGUUUGAAAGGAAAAAGUGAAACACAAAGAAUAUUAAAAGCAAAUAAUAAAGAAUUUAAUAAACAAUUUAAAUAUGCUGAUAAUUUUAUUAAAACAUCUAAAUAUACCAUUAUAACAUUUGUCCCAAAGAAUCUCUUUGAACAAUUUAGACGUCUCGCAAAUGCAUACUUUUUACUUCUUAUGUGUUUACAAUUUAUUAAAUGGAUUAGUUCUAUAUCAUGGUACUCAACAGCUAUUCCAUUAGCAAUAGUUUUAGCAUUUUCUGGUAUUAAAGAUGCAUAUGAUGAUUUUCAAAGACAUAGAACUGAUAGUCAGGUUAAUAAUAGAAUUGCAAUGGUUGUUAGAAAUGGACAUUUAGUUGAAGAAAAAUGGAUGAAUGUUAAAGUUGGUGAUAUUAUAAGAAUGGAAAAUGAAGAUUUUAUUGCAUCUGAUGUUUUAUUAUUAUCAUCAAGUGAACCACAUGGUUUAUGUUAUAUAGAAACAGCUGAAUUAGAUGGUGAAACAAAUUUAAAGACAAGAUCUGCAUUACCUGAAACAGCUAUUUAUGGUGAUAUAUUAAAAGAUAUUAGUGCAUUUGAUGGUAAAAUAAUUUGUGAACCACCAAAUAAUAGAUUAUCAAGAUUUGAAGGUAAACUUGAACUUAAUGGUGAAACAUAUCCAAUAGAUAAUAAUCGUAUGCUAUUAAGAGGAUGUCGUCUUCGUAAUACAAGAUGGUGUUAUGGUGUUGUAGUUUUUGCUGGAAAAGAUACAAAAUUAAUGCAAAAUUCAGGUGUUUCAGAAUUUAAAAGAACAUCUAUAGAUAAAUUUCUUAAUUUUUUAAUAAUGGGAAUUGUUUUAUUUUUACUUGCAAUGUGUCUUAUAUGUACAAUUUUAUGUGGUGUAUGGGAAUGGACAACAGGAAGAAAUUUUCAAACAUAUUUAUCAUGGGAUAAAGAAGUUGUUCCAAAUCCUGAAGAAAAAAGUGGAAGACAAAUAGCAUUAAUAGCAUUUUUGAUGUUUUUUAGUUAUAUUAUAUUACUUAAUACUGUUGUACCAAUUUCAUUGUAUGUUUCAGUUGAAAUAUUAAGAUUUGUUCAUUCAUUAUGGAUUAAUUUUGAUAGAAAAAUGUAUGAUUCAAAAAAUGAUGUACCAGCAAGAGCAAGAACAACUACAUUAAAUGAAGAACUUGGACAAGUUCAAUAUAUUUUUAGUGAUAAAACAGGAACAUUAACACAAAAUGUUAUGACAUUUAAUAAAUGUUCAAUAAAUGGAAGAAGUUAUGGUGAUGUUAUUAAUGAAAGAGGAGAAACUGUUAUAAUAGAUGAAUAUACAGAACCUCUUGAUUUUUCAAAAAAUAGAUGGUAUGAAAAAAAUUUUAAAUUUUAUGAUAGAACAUUAUUAGAAGAUACAGAAAAUAAAUUAACAACGGUUGAUGAAUUUUGGCGUUUAUUAGGAAUUUGUCAUACAGUAAUGCCUGAAAGAAAACCAGGAAAUAAAUUAGAAUAUCAAGCACAAUCACCAGAUGAAGCAGCAUUAACAUCAGCUGCAAGAAAUUUUGGUUAUGUUUUUAAAAGUAGAACUCCACAAAGCGUAACAUUAGAAGUUAAUGGAAAAGAAGAAAUAUAUCAAGUUUUACAAUUUCUUGAUUUUGAUAAUGUUAGAAAAAGAAUGUCUGUUAUAGUUAAAGGUCCUGAUGGAAAAUUAAAACUUUAUUGUAAAGGAGCUGAUACAAUUAUUCUUAAAAGAAUAUCACAAAAUACACCACGUUUAUUAGUUGAAGCAACAUCACAACAUCUUGAUCAAUUUGCUUCAUCUGGUUUAAGAACAUUAUGUGUUGCAUAUAAAGAAUUAGAUGAUGAAGCUUGUUAUGAAUGGCUAGGACGUCUUAAAGUUGCAGCAUCUUCAUUAGAAAAUAGAGAUGAAAAAGUAACAAAAUUAUAUGAUGAAUUAGAAGUAAAUUUAACAUUAAUUGGUGCAACAGCAAUUGAAGAUAAACUUCAAGAUAAUGUUCCUGAAACAAUAGAAAAAUUGACUGCAGCUAAUAUUAAAAUAUGGGUUUUAACGGGAGAUAAAACAGAAACUGCAAUUAAUAUUGGCUUUAGUUGUAAAUUAUUAACUGAUCAAAUGAAAGAUAUUAUGAUUAUUGAUGGUACAACAUCUGAUGAAGUUGAAAUUCAACUAAAAGAUACAAAAAGAAUUAUUGAACGGGGAAAAACUAAAGGGUCAAGUGUUAGCACAUAUAUUAAUAAUGUUAUUGCUGCACUAGAGAGAUUGGAACUUGAAAAAGAAAAAAGAAAUUUAUUAGGUUCAAGGAAUAUAGAAACUAGAGUAAAAUAUGAUAAAUCAUUAUAUUAUCCAUUAAAUUCGAAAAAUGAAUCAACAAAUAUUUCUAUAUCAAAUAAUGAAAAUAUAAAUUCAAAUCAAAAAAGAAAUUUUAGUGGUAAUAAUGAUGAUGAUGAUAAAGAAGGUUUUGCUCUUGUUAUUAAUGGUGAAUCUUUAACAUAUGCAUUAAGUCCUAAAUUAGAAAAAUUUUUCCUUGAUAUUAGUUGUGAAUGUCAAUCUGUUAUUUGUUGUAGAGUUACUCCAUUACAAAAAGCUCAAGUUGUUGAUUUAAUUAAAAGAAAUAAAAAAGCUGUUACAUUAGCAGUUGGUGAUGGUGCAAAUGAUGUUAGUAUGAUUAAAACAGCACAUAUUGGUGUUGGUAUAUCUGGUAAAGAAGGAAUGCAAGCAGUAUUGGCAUCAGAUUAUAGUAUUGGACAGUUUCAAUUUUUACAACGUCUAUUACUUGUUCAUGGAAGAUGGUCAUACUUUAGAAUGUGUAAAUUUUUAAGAUAUUUUUUUUAUAAAAAUUUUUCAUUUACAUUGGUACAUUUUUGGUAUUCUUUUUUUUGUGGAUACUCUGCAAUGCCAUUAUAUGAUCCUGUCUUAAUUUCUUGUUAUAAUUUGUUUUUUACAGCACUUCCAUGUUUAGCAAUGGGUGUUUUUGAUCAAGAUGUUGAUGAUGAUUAUUCUAUUAUGUUUCCUAAACUAUAUAUUCCUGGACAAUAUAAUUUAUUUUUUAAUAUGAGAAUAUUUAUAUAUUCUGUUUUACAUGGAAUUAUAAGUAGUUUAGUAAUAUUUUUUGUACCUUAUGCAGCUUUAUAUAAUGCUACUAAUCAAAAUGGUCAAGAUUUAAAUGAUUAUGCUAUGUUAUCAUUCACAACUUUUACUGGACUUAUGAUUGUUGUAACUGGACAAAUAAUGAUGGAUACAUCAUAUUGGACACCAAUAAAUCAUUUUUGUAUUUGGUUUUCAGUUGGUAUUUAUUUUGGAUUAGUUUUUAUUUAUUAUGAAGCAUUAUCACCUCGUGUAGCUAUUUAUGCAGGUUCUAGUCCAGCAUAUGGAAUUACAUUUAGAGCAAUGUCAACACCACAUUUUUGGUUUAGUUUAUUAUUAAUAUCAGUUAUUCUUUUAUUACCAGUAUUAAUUGCAAGAUUCUUUUGGAUUGAUACACAUCCAUCUUAUGCUGAUAAAAUUAAAGUACAUAAAUUAUUAUUUAAAGGAAAAUCAACACAACCUGAUACUGAAAAUUCAGCUAAACAACCUGUGUCAAGAACAAUACCUAGAACUGUACAAACAAAACUUUCUCGUCGAAGAAGUCUACGAUCUGGUUAUGCUUUUUCACAUUCUGCUGGAUUUGGUGAUCUCAUUAUUAAAGGAAAAUUAUUUAAAAAUAUUGAAAAUUUACGACUUAAUUCUGUUAAAAAGAAUAAUACAAAUAAUGAUGAUAAUGAAAUAAAAAAUACAUCACCAUCAAAUAGUAUACCAGAACAACCAACAAACUUUAUUUUAGGUUCUGGAAUAACAAUUCCUAAUAUUCAACAAAAUAAUAAUAUAACAUCAACAAAUAUUGUUUCUGGUAAUACAGUAACAUCAAGAACACAUAAUAUUUGGAUAAAUGAAGAUGUUGAUGAUAGGCAAUAUAUAAAUAAAGGUUAUGAAGAAGAUGAUAAUAUAAAAAGUCAAAUGAAUACACCAAGAAUAACAACAGAAUUUUCAAGUAAUACUAAUGGAAUGGUAACAUCAUUUGAUAAUAAUUAUGUAAAAAAUGAAAAUAUACAUAAUAAUUUGACUUCAUCAAAUAACUCAUCUAGUCAUGUAGUAAUAGAAUCAAAAAAUAAAUAUAAUAAUGGAAAAGAUCAAAUAAAUAGUAAUUCACAACAAAUAGAUCAAAAAGAGACAUUGGUCUAA